GGUCGCACGACCUGGCGUAUUAGUUGUUUCGUUCUUCGUGGUUGGCUAACUAAUAAACCAGAUUUAAAGAGUCAGUUAAGUUUUGAUUAAAAUGGAUAUCCUCAAAGCUGAGAUAGAAAGGAAACGGAAGCAUCUUGAACAAAAAGAUCUCGUCAACGACACAAAGAAAUUCUUCAAAAGGUCUGAACUUGCAAGCAAGGAAGAGGAGGAGUAUUACAAAAGAUGUGGAUAUAAGAAUGAUAAGAAUGAGGAGGGCAGUGAGCCAUCUAACUCAUCAAAUCCAGUGCUGGAACUGGAGCUCACAGAGGAGAAGCUACCAAUGACACUGUCACGACAGGAGGUAAUCCGACGUCUUAGAGAGCGAGGUGAACCAGUCAGGCUUUUCGGAGAGUCAGACUAUGAUGCCUUCCAGAGACUCAGGAAGAUUGAGAUCCUGGCCCCUGAAAUAAACAAGGGGUUGAGAAAUGACCUGAAAGCCGCCAUGGACAAAGUUGACCAGCAGUAUCUGAAUGAAAUUGUAGGAGGAACAGAGUCUGGGGAAAUGGACACACAACAUGACCUGAAAGUGCAUGAAGAGAACACAACAAUAGAGGAAUUGGAGGCUCUUGGCAAAACUCUGGGCACUGGAGAUGACAACAGAGACCAGGAUAUCAUUGAUAAAGUUUUGAGGUUUCUUCUGGGUGUCUGGGCCAAGGAUCUGAAUAGUCGGGAGGACCACGUGAAGCGCAGUGUUCAGGGGAAGCUGGCCAGUGCUACUCAGUCACAGACGGAAACCUACCUCAAGCCUCUCUUCCGAAAACUGCGAAAGAAGAACCUCCCCGCUGACAUCAAAGAGUCAAUCACAGACAUCAUCAAAUUCAUGCUGGAGAGAGAAUACGUCAAGGCAAAUGACGCAUAUCUGCAGAUGGCUAUCGGUAAUGCUCCCUGGCCCAUCGGUGUGACCAUGGUGGGCAUCCACGCCCGUACGGGACGAGAGAAGAUCUUCUCUAAACACGUGGCCCAUGUUCUGAACGACGAGACGCAGAGGAAAUACAUCCAGGGACUGAAAAGAUUAAUGACCAUCUGCCAGAAGCACUUUUCAACUGACCCAUCAAAAUGUGUGGAAUACAAUGCUUUAUAACAAACAGAUGUCAACACAAGGAUCACUGCAGUUGGAGUAAAGUCUGAUUUUGGAACAUUUAAACCUCGCUGGAAAAGACAACAGUAACCGUGGCUUGGAUUUCCAACCUUUUCAUCGCAAGGACCCUCCAGAUGUUAAUUUGACAGGAGACCCCUUACUUGAGAAAAUGUUUGUAUUUGGUUAGAGGAACGUCGGAGCCUGUCACAUACCAUCAGAAUACCCAUCCUUCCACCACCACAUCUCAGUAAGCUGGCUCGUAAACGUGAAAAACGUGACAUCAUGUUGAAAUUUUGCCGUUACGCCGCGUUUCUCAACCGAUUGAGAAUCCUCAGCUGGUUGAGAAAAAUCCACACAUCGCACUUUUAAUAAGUCAGUCGUCAGUUACGAUCAGGUCGACAUACACGAGCGUGUUUAGUUAAGUGUGUUUAGUAAUACUCUGCAGAAAAAUAGACUUUCGUUUUGUAUCGGCAAGUAUUGUACACAAUCCAUUAACUCCCCAAACAGGAUGUCCUUUACCAAGGAGGAUUAUUAGUGUGAGUUCUGUUGCAUCAAAGACCCCGUUAUUCCUAUGAUAGGUCGCCUCUCGUAGGGACGGUCAAGUCAAUACAGGAUUUUGAUUUUUUUUUUUUUCAAGGCAAAAUCUGUUAACUGGAGUUGUGGCUUGCAUUUCUGUGCCAUCUUAAUAAAAUUCCAAUUUUAUAAUGG